AUGUCGCACCCCAAGAAGAUCCCCUUUUGCUGGGUGGCUAUGCUGGUGAUCUGGAUAUUUUGGGGGAUCUUUAGACCCGGUCGCAGCCUAAGCCCCGCACAAAGGGCCCUGUCUACGCUGACUGGCAGGGACCUCAUAGGCCUGGAGCAUGCCUUGACUUCAGGACUUCCAACACUGCUGUUGUGCCACCUGCUCUGCCACUGUGAGCCAUCAGUUCCCGUGCACCAGACACUGGUGCAAGCCUGGGUGAAACCCCUUCAGUGCUAUGAAGAAAUGUGCUUGGACCUGGCUGACCGUCACUCUGAUGUUUUCUCUGUGGCACCCCAGCUGGAUAUUCUACAUGAGGUUGCCAUGUGGCAUAAGAACUUCAAGAGAAUUAGUUAUCCCAAGACCAAGGCAUGGACAGAGGUGAGAGGUGGUGGGAGAAAGCCUUGGCAGCAGAAAGACUCAGGCUGGGACAAGCAUGGGAGCAUCUGUUCUCUGAUCUGGCAGGAAAGUAGUAUUGCCCAUGGUCUAUGGGGUCCAACUAGCUAUGGCUAUAUGUUGCCCAUGAAGAUUCAAGUGCUAAGCCUCAAGGUGACCCUGCCAAUCAAGCUAAUGCAGGAUGACCUUCAUGUGGUAAAUUCCUUGGAGCUGCCAACCUCAGACCCAAGAUACUUGUUAGGCCUGGUUCAACACUGAUGUUGGGGUGACUCCAUCCUCCUUGUUGAUGUGGAUGAGGAGAUGCCCCAGAACGUUGUUUUUUCUGUAUCCAACCUGAAGACCAUAAACUUGGUGCCAGCAGUUGGCCUCAAUGUCCACAGUAUGCUGAAGCAUCAGACCCUGGUCUUGACUCUCAGCACUGUUCCCUUCCUGGAGAAGAAGCUGUUAUGGCAUGAUAAGCACUAUACACCCAUUUUGCCUGCCCUACAGAAACUUCCCUUUACCCUCCAUACCUAUUUCUUCACUUUGAAGAAGUUGGGCUUUGCUGACCUGGAUAUGGGUAGGCACUAUGCCAAGCUUCAAACAUUUUUUGCGCUUCUGGCUUCAGGGCUAAUUCUGGGGAUCAGAAAGUUUUCUGUGCUUCCAGUAUGGUGUUAUAUUGAGAGAGGAAAGGUCCUUCUUAAAGUAGAGCUCAGCCCACCACAGAUGGUUCCCAGUCAAGUCAGUGGGAUGCUUUUAGCCAUAACACAGAGUAGCAACCAAGGCCUCUUGCUGCUGGCUCAGCAGGCUAGUGACACAGCUGGCCUUAAUCCCCAGGACAAAAGGCAAACUGCCAGCCCCAGAACCCUGGCACAAAAAGCAUGA